AUGGCGGACAAGGGAAACAAACCAAAAGACUUCGAUGGCACAAGGUCAAAAUACAGAGAAUGGAUCUAUGAAUGCCACAUGUACAUUCUCUCCAACCCGACCAAAUAUGACACCGACAAGGACAAAACCCUGAUGGUGCUAUCAUACAUGAGGGAGGGAACAGCGUCACUCUUCGCCCAAAAAUAUUACUUCGACAGGGAACUACGAGAGUAUAAAGCAACGGAAACAAGAAAAACAUGGGGAACGUUCAAGGACUUCUUGAACGAACUGGCCGCCGCAUUCAAGGAUGAAAGUCUCGAACAGAAGGCGAGACAAAAACUGUUCACGAUGAGAAUGGGAAAGCGGUCAGCAGACGAAUUUGUCACGGACUACCUCAUGACGGCAGGAGAAAGCGGAUUCGACCUCGAAUCCACCGUCGACUAUUUCCGUCGCACCAUACACCCGGAAAUCCUCAAACAGAUUUACAGACUUCCCGACAUGCCGACAACCAUGGACGAUUGGGUAAAAUACACCCGAAGGUUCGAUAACCAGUGGAGAGAGCUGCAAAGCAUAAAAAGCUCAGUACCUUCCGCUGCCGUCCGAUCUAACAACCCCUUCCGCUACAACUCCUCCAACGCCCCUUCCUCCAUGAACAAUUCAGUCGUCCCUAUGGCCGUGGAUUCCAUCCGAACAACCCUCACGGACGAAGAGCGUAACCGCCUUAGAAUGGAGGGUGGGUGCUUCUACUGUCGUCAAAAAGGGCAUAUAGCAAAUCAAUGCCCUGUCAGGGGUUCGUCUAGGAUACAUGAAGGGUCAGCUAGAUAUGUUCAACCGAGUAGUGGAACGAUGGGGAACUGCUCGGCUCAGACCGGCGGAAGGAUGGGAGGCGGAGGAGGCAGCUAUGGCCGAACAUUCUCGGCAGGAACUUCAGGCGGUGUUCAGGGAAGCGCUGCGGCGCAAGGUCGAGGCAUGGCGACGACUAAUCCGUUCAGAGCCCAACUCACAGCUCGCCAGGCCCACGCACCCGGACAAGAUGCGCCUAUACGUGAGACGGAGCAUGAGAUUAGCCGAGAAGAGAUCCAAAGGGUUAUUGGGAAGAUGAGGUGGGAUGAACAGGAGGCAUUCCUUCAGGAGUUAAGCGAAAUGAGCAAGAAGAAGGAAUCGGAUUUUUAA